AAUGAAAAUUUUAUUUAUUUCUUUAAAUAUUCAAAGAAUGCCAAGUCAAUUUAUUUUUAAUUAAACUUUAAUUGAAAUUUGAAAUUCAUAAUCUUAUAUUUCUUAAUACAACUUAAAUAUAAUUGAAUCAAAAUUCAAGUGAAAACAAAUAAUAUGUUAAUUUUUAAGAAUUUUUUAAAAAGAAGAUUACUAAUAUUUAAAUCACUAUAAUCUUAUAUAAAGCAGGCAGUCCACCUGUAGCAGAGAAAUGGAAAACCCCAGAUUUGAUUUUCUACCAGUACAACAGUAGUUGUUCCAUCCCCAUCUCUUUGUCAUCUUUCAUGCUCCAUCUUCCACUUGGCACUUUACCAGAAGUCUUUCAUGAUAGAACUAUUAAUUUCCACUUACAGUUUACCAUUCACAUAUAUACUACCUCUCCCUCUCCCUCUCCCUCUCCCUCUCUCUAUAUAUAUCUGGCUUCUGCAAGCCUUAUUAAUUGAGGCAAUCAAAAUCUUCUUAAUUAAAGAUCAAAAAAUGGCAAAUACUUCAUCAAAUUCUCCUCCAAAUAACUUCAUGUGGUUGGUUAGGGAUGAUAUUGAGCUAACUAGCGAAGCUCCAUCAAGAAGACCUUCAUUUUGUAGUGAAGAUAUUUCUGUGACAAGUGAAAGUGUUAUAACAUUGCCUGCAGGCAACAUUACACCAAUGACCCCAUUGACACCCACAGCAAUGCCUACUGUAUUCUCGGGUGGGGCUUCCGCUGAAAUUCGAUAUGAGAUAGAGAAAGCCUCGCCAGAGAGAGCUAGGAAUUUUGCUCUGAGGAUGUAUGAGAGCAUGAAGAAGCAUGGAUUGAGGGAAGAGGCUGAAAAGGCCAUUGGUAGAGAGGAGAUAAAAGAAGAGGGAGGAGAAGUUGGAAGGAAGAGUGAAGAGCUUCUUGGAAUGGAGUAUUUGUUGAAAGAUGGUUUUGUUAGUUAUCUACGUGAUAUGGCUAAAAUUACUCCCCCUAUUCCUCAACAGGUAGUUCGGUUUUCCAGCAUAAAGUACUCAAGGAAAUUUGAGAUUUCUGAUAAUGGAUAUGAAACGUUUGGGAAUAAGGUAGUGGGAUGCUUUUUUGGUCCCUUGAGGACUCUUCUUCGGGAAAAGAACUCAAUAUGGCUGCAGGUUCUAAAGGGGGUGGAUGGGUAUAUUAUGCCUGGAUCAAUGACCCUACUACUUGGUCCACCAGGAAGUGGAAAGAGCACUCUUCUUGAAGUUCUAGCAGGGAGGGUAAAAAUGACCAAGGACUUGAUAAUGGAAGGAAUGGUAAUGUACAACGACAAAAAUGCCUCUGAGGUUCGUCUUAGUAGACUGAUCGCAUACAUUAGUGGUCAACUAAACAAGCACAUUCCACUUCUUUCAGUUCGAGAGACUCUUGAAUUUGCAAGGGACUGUACUCAAGGGCUUCGACCGGAGAAUUUUACUCCUCAGAUGAGGAAAUUCUUUGCUCAUGCUCUUGUGGAGGGGCAAGAUCCAUUUCUAGAAUAUAUUUUGGAAAUUUUAAACUUGAAGGAGAUACAGCACAAACUCACUGGAGAUGCAAUCUCUGACACUGACCGCCAGAGGCUGACAACCGCGGAAUUAGCUCUUGGAACAUAUUCUGUCAUGCUUUAUGAUCAACCUUUCUCUGGGUCUGAUUUACCAGCUACAUAUAGCCUGGUGGACACCAUCCGAACCAUUAGCAGGAUUCAACAAUCUUCUGCAAUCAUGUCAUUGACCCAACUUUCCCAGGAUAUUUUCGAUCUUUUUGAUAGGAUCAUAUUACUCGGUGAUGGCCAUGUUUUAUUCCAAGGCCCUCGUCAAGAUGCUGUCCCUUACUUUGCCAAGCUUGGGUACACUAAGCCCUCACACAUUGAGUCCAAUGAAUUUCUGGAAGACAUUGCAGCAGGAAAUGGUUCCCAGUACAUGGCACCAGGAGCUACACCCUGCACCCUAGAUGAACUUGUGGAGUGCUACAGGGCUUCAGAUCACUACAAAGAUGUGACAAGAAUCAUUGACCGAGAUGAUGUGAAGCACACCUAUUGGGUGGAAAGUGAACCUGGGCUUGGAUUGUCUCUUAAGACACCAUCCAAGUACCAAUUCUCAGCAGAUACUCAGCUGAGACGAGAAACCGAAUUGGUGGUUGCCAAGCUCUCAAAAAAAGUAGGACACUCGGGGGGAAUUGAGAGUAGUGGAAGAGUAGAGGUUGGAGAUGUAGUCACAGCGAUAUCGAUGAACAAAGAAGAAAUGCAAUAUCUUUCUGUGGGUCCCCAAAAGAUCCAGCAUCAACGUGCCUCACAAGUAUACUCUGUACUAAAGCAGGCAAGAGGCAAUAUUCGUCUCCAAGUAGAGCGCUACAAAAAUGAGGAAGAGGAGUACCAUGCCCAAUGGGAACAGUUCCAAAGGCCCUUUGUUCAAACAUGGUGGAAAUCCACCAAGACUCUCAUCAACAGGCAAAUCAAAAUCACCAAAAGACUUCAUGCUUUAAUAAAAUUAAGGCUCUUCCAGGCCAUCGUACUAGGCACGUUCACUGGAACACUCUUCUACAAACUCGGGGGUCAAUAUGACCAACAAAAAAUGAACUCUGUAAGGGCUCUAGGGUUUGUAUCUACCAUGAGCAUAAUGCUAAUAAAUCUGGUUCAGCUUCCUUUAUACAUGCUCCAGAGACCAAUUUUUUACAAGCAUAGGGCGCAGAGAUUUUUCAGAGGUUCUUCAUACAUAGUUGCUCAUUGCAUAGUGAAUCUCCCACAGACCCUCGUAGAAGCACUGGCAUAUACUGUCUGCGUUUAUUUUCUAGCUGGGCUAUCAUUUUCAGGAAACGGGGCACCAUUAUUUGCUUAUAUGGUUCUCUUAUGCUUAGUAGCAUACUUUGGUUCAUCAGUCUUCUUCCUUCUAAGUUCCGUCUCUUCAAUUCCGGAAGUUGGGAAUGCUUUGGCAGGUCUAGUUGUCUCAAUCUUCCUACUCUUCAGUGGCUUUGUAAUCUAUCCAUCUAAUAUUCCAAUUUACUGGAAAUGGCUCAUGUAUGUGAAUCCUAUUCACUGGGCCAAUGUCUCAUUUUGUUGGUUUCAAUUCAGUAAGAGCUAUGUAGACCCUUGCUCGAUCUACCUUGGUCAACUCCCUUUUUGCGACCAGUUCCCAACAAUGACAGUUGGAAAAGCAUAUCUAAAAUUUUAUGAGCUUUCUGAAUAUGCCAGGAGACCCUGGCUACCUUAUGUCAUUAUCCUAGGAUGGACAGUCAUUGCUAAUUUCUUGGCAUUGUUGGGGCUAAAGAAUAUAGAAUUUGCGGAGAUGAGCCAAUCAUUGCCCUACCUGAGAAAAACCCCAAUGAUUAGCAACUACAGAGAAGAUGCAGAGAAUGAAUCUCGGUCAUACAACAGUUACAGUGAGAAUUUGGGGCAUUCUGAUGCUUCCAGAUUCUCUAGUUCAAAAAAUUCAUGGAUGGACUAUGGAAAAAUGAAGCAAAAUGGUGGAAUGGAAAGAUGGGUAGAGGAAUUCCAUGUUGACCUUGAGAGGAAUGGAUUAGACAUUCCCUUGCAGCCAGUGACUCUCCUAUUUGAGAAUGUGUCAUUCACAAGGUACAACGAAGAAACUAAAGAAAAUGUGGCAGUAUUCAGCAAUAUCACAGGCUAUGCUAAACCACAGCAUAUGGUAGCUAUAUUGGGUGGUACAAGGACAAGCAAGGCCACACUGCUCAAAUGCCUAGCUGGUAGGGCACCUUCCAUGGCUAACCUCAGUGGCAAUAUACAAGUGAAUGGCUCUAGAACAGGUGCUGCCUUUUCACGAUUAAUAGGGUAUGUCGAGAAGCUUGAUGCUCAUCAACCUUACCUCUCUAUACGUGAAUCCCUUCAAUUCAGUGCUGCACUUCGUCUUGGACAGGCAGUUAACACAUUAGGCUGUCGCAUCCAUGUUGAGCUGGUCCUUAACCAACUCGGUUUACUUCCCUACUCCAACCAACUGGUUGGUUCCCUCCGUGAUGCCACUGGAAAAACAUUUGAGAUAGCCAAAAAGAUAACAAUUGCAGUAGAGCUGGCAGCAAAUCCAAGUAUUCUCUUUCUUGAAGAGCCACUAUCCGGCCUUGAUGCUGCAGGAACUUUAAACAUUCUCAAUAUUCUCUCUCGAUUGUCAAAAUCAGGUCGAAUUAUUAUUGCUUCUCUUACACAUCCCAAUACACGUACAUUGUCAUCCUUUGAUCUGGCUCUGAUUCUAACACAUAAAGGGCAUCAAGCAUACUUUGGCCCAGUAGGAGGUAACUGUACAGUGUUGCUAGAAUAUUUCAAAUCAAUACCAAAAGCUCCUCAUUACUCCAAAAGACAAAGUCCAGUUAGCUAUGUCAUGGGGACUCUUGGCUUAGGUAUACAAAAAAGGGAAACUCCUUCAUUAAAUUAUGCAGAGAUUUAUGCAGCUAGCUCUUUACAAGAAGCUAAUUAUAAUGAAGUUUGCAAUGUAAGGAAAAUGAUGAAGGGAAAAACAGCAAGGGAUCUGACUUCUACUUACCCAGCUCCAUAUUCAUGGCAAGCCCUUUUGGUACUACAAAGAACACAAAGAUUUCUAUGGAGGAAUGUGCAAUAUACAUAUGGUAGACUUACAGGCUGUAUAAUGAUUGGUCUCUUAAUGGGCUCCUUAUACUAUCAGAUUGAGUACAAGGACAUAUAUGGUGUGACUUCACGUACACUUUACAUAUACAUGCAAGUUAUACUCAUAGGAGUGAUCUCAGCCAACAACAUCAUUCCUCAGAUUGGCACAGACAGGUUGGUUUAUUUCCGAGAGAAAAGGGCUGGAAUGUAUCUUCCAAUUUUUUAUCCAGUAUCAUGGGCUGUGGGUGAGAUACCAUAUUUUUUCAUUGCUACACUUGCAGUUGUAGGGAUUGGAAAUGGCAUGGCCGGAAUUGGAACUGGAUCAAUUGCAGAGUUCCUAAAGUAUUGGUUAGUGCUCUUCAUAUUCACUCUGUGUGUAACAUAUUUUGGGAUGAUGAUCACUUUCCUAGCACCACUGCCAACACUAGCAGCAUUUGCAGUGUCAAUUGUGACAUCAAUGUGGGUGUCAGCUUCUGGUGUAGUUGUUGUCCUUUCUGACAUAAGAUUCUAUCGAUGGAUGUAUUGGAGCAACCCUUUUCAGUUUGCCCUGAAUGUGAUGACUUCUAUCAGUUUCUACUGCAACACAAAGGAGUGUGCAUCAAAUUGCAGUUGCCCCAAGUUGCCGGAUGAUUCUUAUGUGUGGGAUAGAGUGGCAUCAAUAAGAAGCUUGAACCAAGAGAGGGGUAAUACAGAUACACUCAUAUUGUCUGCAAUGUGUCUGCUGUUUGCCAGCCUUGCCUUCAUAUUCUUCAUUGUGCUAAAGCACAACUCACCUCCACAGUCAUAGUUUGAUAGUCACAAUCACAAAGAUUAAGAAAAGAAGAAAGACAACAAUGGAGCAAAUUGCACGGACAGGAAGACAGUGGAGCAUCUCUAGGGGUAUUUAGAGUGAAGAGGCAAAAGGAAGCUAUCGAUAACGAGAACAAAGCUAAGAUUCUCAACCCACAUUCAUUUUUCAAUACAAAAUUCAUUUGGCCAGGAUGUAUAAAUACUUCAUUAUUAAUUAAAAAAUUCACGAAUGGUUGCCUCUUUGUUUUAGAUUUCAUUUCUGAACUGUGGAUAAACCUUGUCCCUCUACUUAGCCUUAUCCCUCUCUCAGGCUAUUUUACUGAUAGGUUAUUUGGGAACCAGAAGAUCCUAUCUUGUCCAUUUUAGAGCAUAAUCUCCAAUAGGACCUGAUUAGCAAGGAUGCGUAUCCUAAAAGCACAGCCAAAACCAAACACAACUACUGGAUUCAUUCGUGUAAUAGUGUUACAUGGAAAAACAGGAAAUCAAUGAUACAACAAGAAGUUAGCAAGAAGACAAUCUUAUUGAAAUCUGGUAACAAACACAAGAGAGAAGACAAAAUCAUCUGCCCUUUCUAGUUAUUGUGACAUACACGUGCAAGCAAAAAGCAUUUGUCCAUGACAAGUUGACAACCAACCAAGAUCUUGAGACAAUAUAUUUAAGUAUUAAGCAACAAUCUGCAUAACAGGCAUAAUAAAAACAUGGCACGACAGACCUAACCACAAUCCACAAAAGGAUAAACUAGACAUCCACCCUCUCGAGGAGACUUAAGCACUGGAGGCAGAUUGCCCCAUGGCAUUCCCAUGCUAUCUCUCACCACAUCACUGUGAUUGUGAGCCAUGAUAAGAUAACGUGAAUUGGUAAAAUUAAUAACAGAUAAAAGGAAAUUAAAGAGAAUAAAUAUAUGAAAACCAUAUUAUGAUAUAAAUGUUCAAGUGGUCCAAAAUAGUUAGCCAUGUCAA